UGGCGUCGGUCGCGUAUCGCAUUUCUGUAUUUUAUUGAACACUGAAUUAUUUCUGUUUCUUCUUGAGGCGUUCGUUUGGAUAGAACAAUAACCAAAACAACAACUUCAUUGAUUUCAUAGCUGGUUGAGUUUCUUGUAAUAAAAAAUCGCAAUGGCCAACCGAAGACCGCCGCAAGGACGUCGCAUGGACUUCUCUCGAAAUGAUCGUGGGAAGAGCUUCCGUCCAGGCGUAUCACCAUGGCAGGGUGGAGCUCCAGGCUCCGAUAUUCCCAACUUACUGCCGCUUGCCGGCGGAUCAACUGAAGCAACCCUUGCUUUAGCGAGCAACAUCAUUAAUCUCCUCCAACCGAGGCAGAAUCCUGUUCCGUCUCUGUUAGAUAUGCCCAUACGACGUGAUUUCGGCCCUUCUAUGGGACGUUACGAUCGCGGAUAUGGGCCCAAUCGGAUGGGCAAUCAGAGUAAUUUCCGGCGUUCGGGAAAUUACAAUCGCGCUGGUGAGCGUAUCAACAGCAAUCGUAAACCCUUCAGGCCCCAUGAUGGGCAAAGGCAACAAAACAAGAGUUCCCCGAAAAAGGAGGCCGAUUCUAAAAGUAAAUCCAAGGAGAGUGAGCAAGACAAGAAAGACUCUGACUCCACGGAGAAGUCAGAUAACAAGCAAGACGACAAGAAGGAGCCACAGAAGACUCGCUAUGAUGACAUCAACCCCCAACUGCUGAAGUGCCACAUAUGCAACAAGAGCAUGUGGGAUGGACGCUCGUUUGAGAACCACUUGAGUGGACGGGCCCAUGCCAUCAUGAUGCAGAAGACUGCGGAGAGCUAUGCACUCACUGCGGACACUAUGAGACAGGAGUUUAAGAUCCGCGAAAUGAAGCGCACGCGCAAAACGGGCCAGCAACAAGUCCGCGACUUCUAUUGCGCAAUGUGUGACAUGUAUGCAGCAGACGGCUCAGCUCACCGCACAACCGUGGGCCAUCGCAAGCUGAAGAAGUACUUGCAUCCAACUUGCACGUCCUGUCACAAGGAAAUGCCAACGAGGAUCGAGUUAGAUGAGCACAGGCUCACUCCGGAGCACUUGGGCAUGAUGCAGGAUAAGCAAGAGGUGGUGGGCAAGCCGAAGCCGGAAGUGAUGGUAAUAUCAACUCUGCAUACUGAACAACUGUACUUGCGCGACGACAGACAGCGUUUCAAGAGGCACGAUGACAAGGAAAGGGAAAAGAGGGAAAAGGAUGGAGAUAAGGAUAAGGAAGGCGAAGAGAAAGAAGCCGAUGGUUCUGAAGAGCCGAAGGAAGGGGAAGCUGAAAAGGAACAGGUGGACAAGGAAGACACCAUAAUUGACUUCAAGGAGGACGAUGAUCUGACCAAUGUCAGCAGCGAUAGGUUCCCGGAGUAUAGCACGGAGCGCGGCGUCGGGCGCUCGUUCCUGCGGCCGUUCAGCUGCGUGCAGUGCGCGCUGUGCCGCAAGCUGCUGGACACGCGCGAGACGGCCGAGCUGCACCUGCGCACGUGGCGCCACCACCAGCUGUUCGUGCGCGCGCUGCACGACCGCGCCGGCAAGGAGACGACCGCAGAAACCACGAAACGUCCUCACAACAGCGAAGAGUCGGGCAAUUGGAAACGGCGCAAGACAUCGCCCGAGUUGGACGAGGAUGAUCACGCUGAGAACGGACAUGAGGCUAAGGAAGAAGAACCAACACCGGUGGUGAAGCAAGAAGAACAGUCGAAGCAAGAGGAGCCGAAGAAAGAUGGCGAGACUGAGUUACCUGCAGCCGACGAGCUUGAAGAUUGGGAGCAGUCGGUAGAUGAGAUACUGCGGGAGGUUAAGAAGGAAGCGCCAGAACCGGAGCAACAAGCAGAGCAAGCGCAACCGAAAGUCGAGCCGAAGACGCCAGAGACGAAGCAAGACGAACAAACGAACACGCAAGAGAACAAGGAACAGAGUAGCGAUGCAGCUGAGAACAAAAACACUAACAAUGCAAAAAACACGCCGCGCUCGUCGCCCAGAGGCCGCGGGAGAGGAAGACCUAGACGCUUCUAAAUAUGUAUGCUAAAUAAUAAACGAGAAAAACAAUAAAGUAUAUGAACAGUCGAUUAUUUUAAUGUAUAUGGGCGAGGCAAAGUUUAGAAGCUGCUUUUUUUUGUUUGUUAUAAAAUUUCGAUAUGGUUUUUGAUGACAAAAUAUAGUCAUUCUUUUGCGAAUAUCGGUUAUAAAGUUCGUAUAUGUAAUACAGAAUUAAUAAAAUUGUUGGUUGUACAAUUUACAACGACACGUACGUACAAAUCAGACUUCGACGAGAAGUUUCUAAAUUUCUUGUCGGCGUCUUCAUAAAUUCAUCAGAUUAAAUUAAAAAUAUACAAUUAUACAUAUUCGUUAUAAUAGUUGAAGUAUAGUUAAAAAUAAAAUAAAAUUGUUAAAGUAACUGCCUGACGACUGGCUUUAAUAUCAAAACAUUGUUUUUAUCCUUAAAAAUAUUUAGACAACAUAAAAUUUAUUUGAACACGGGGAGAACGCGCAAAAACAAUCCGACUAUUUCAAAUGUAAUAAAAUAAAUUGUAAAACCACAUAUAGAAAAUCUAUUGUGUCGUGGUCUCAUUGGGCCGCUCGGUGGUCAAGAAUUAAAAAUUGCAUAAAUUAAAUUGACUAUAAAUAGAAGUAGUAUAUCGCAUAAUAAUAAAAUAUAGAAAUACAACUAGUAGCUAGAUUUAGAUAAUAAAUAUUUGCUGAAAUAGAUCUUACAUCAAAAUACGUAAAAGAAUAAUAGAUUAUAAAUUAUUAGAAAAAUUCCACAAAUAUUGUUUUAUACAAAGAAUAGUUUGGAUUUGAUUGAAUUUAAAAAUUAUAAAAGAAUAAAAAAUAGGAAAAGUUAUGAUUAAGCAUUGAGUUACUAUGUACUACGUACUAGAGAGGACAUCGCUACUACACUAUUUGUAACACGAGUUAGAGUCAAUCGUCUCAAACCAUGUUUUUUUUUUUUUGUUACAUUGAUUGGUUUUAAUUGAUAAGUUUAUUCAUAUUUUUUUAAAUAAGAUAAACAAUAUUUAUUUCUUACAUUGAUUGGUUUGAAUUUAUAAGUUUAGAGGCAGAAUAUCUACAAAGUGUAUGACUCACUAGCCGCCGCGCUUGUCGCACAAAUUUUGUUCGACGUGUCCUCUCUAUACGUAGUAAUAACACCUCAAUGUGAUUAAGCUCAUAAUUUAGCAAAAGAUAGAUGUAAGCAAUUACAGAUUGAAAUAGACUAGAUAAUCAAUACAGUAAAAAUGUAGUAAAUACGUAAUAAACAUAUUAUUGUUUUUAGAUACCAAUACGUAAAUUAUUAUGUUAUGUUUAAUGUAAAAAUUCUGUAAAUGUACAGUAUAAUAUUCAACACUGAAUAAAUGUACAAUUUAUUUAUUGGUUAUAUUAAAAUAUGUCUCACACUUUCUUAUGUAAUAUAAGCUAAGAGUGAGAUAGAAAACUAUAAUUUGAUUGGACAAAGAAAAUUAUUUUUAUUAGGGUCAUAAAAUGUAUAUUAAGGUUUUGUAGUAUUUCAAUACAAUGCUAAAGUAAUUUUCUUUAUAUAUUAUAAAUAGUAAAAAUAGUUUCGUUUUGUUGAAAAUCUCUUUUUUAUUUCGUCUCUAAAGAUAGAAAAUAGAUUUUCAACCAAAUAAAUGACAUGGUAUAAAUCUUGAUGAAUAAUCAAGUGGUAAUAUAGAAAAACUAUAAAAUAUAUAUAGGUACCUACCUACCUAUUCAGAAAAAUUUUUAACUCAAAAAAACCAAAAGGUUGAAUUUCAAACUAAUGUGAAAGUUUGAAUUUAAAAAUAUGUACUACUAAAAAGAAAAUCCAUACUAAUAUUAUAAAUGCGAAAGUAACUCUGUCUGCCUGUCUGUCUGUUACUCAAUCACGCCUAAACUACUGAACCAAUUUGCAUGAAAUUUGGUAUGGAGAUAUUUUGAUGCCCGAGAAAGGACAUAGGCUACUUUUUAUUGCGAAAUAUGUACCACGGACGAAGCCGGGGCGGAGCGCUAGUAUACAAAUAAUUACUGCCUUUUUUAGGUGCAAAAUAAAAUGCCUAACAACUCAUCAAGAUUUAUACCAAAUUUUGUAUUGUUACUGGUAUCUUUCAUAUAGAUUAGAGUUUAUUACUCUAUCUUUUUUCUCUAGUAAUUAUGGUAUGUAAGUCUCGUGGGACAAAGGUGGCUUGAUUAUAAUAAUGCGAUAAUUGAAGUAUGACUGUAACUCGAAGCUUGAAUAGAUUGUAGUUAUAUUAUACAAUUUCUCUUUUUCUUACAAUAAAUAUUUACUAUGAAA